UUAAGAUCCUACUUUAACUGAAUUGUGGAAUGUUUUGUAUUUUUAUGAAGUUGACCAUACCAUAGUUUGAAAAAUUUGUAAAUUUAAAAAGACUAUGGUUAACUAAAAACAAAGACUCGGAUUGUGCAGUACAACAACUGGGUGUUUACAAUGUUGUUCCUGAAAAAAAAGAAAUACCGGUCUCAUAUAGGGCUGGUUUUAUGGGCGGUGGGAUGGCAAUUGGUGGGUCUUUUGUCAUGGCGCCGGGUACGAUAGGUCGUGCUAAUCUUCGAUUGCAGUCGAUUAUCACUUAUGAGGGAUUGGCGAAAACUUUAGAAAGAAUUAACAACAAGUUCAAAGUAACGCCACUUCCAGGAAGUAUACUCAGCAUUGAAACUCGAAAAAACAAAAUAGCUGAAGGUUUUGGAAGUAUUGAUAUUGAUCCGGAAGUUACCAGCUGGUCCGAGAAAGGUGCUACCACUUCUAAAAGAUAUGUUCAUAUAAUGAGAAUAUUUUACGUCCAUGGUCAACCAGCCAAUCAGGAGAUCUACAUGCAUGAAGUAAAACCAGAAAUGAUAUAUCCCAGUGAAUUAAGUAAACCGGCCAAAUUUGAACAUUUUCAAGAGGUUCUGAAAAAAACUCAAUCCUGGUUAAAGUGCCAGUCAGGAAUACAGAUAUUAAAUCUUGAUACACGUGAUGCUGUAGUACAUGAAGCCUUUGGUAACACUCAAGUGGAUUCUGAUUCGACAGAUGAGUUUAAUUCGGCAAUGAUAGACUCAAAGUAUCUUCGGUUUAUACGUAUUUUCUACUGCCCGAAUAUAAAUAUGUCAUAUACCAGCACGAUGCUGACGUCACGCCUGUUUGAACCUGUACGAACUGGAAUCAAGAGCUUUGAGACAAUGAGUGAAACCAUGAAAAGAGUGGAAGCUUACUUAAAUCUAACAGGAUUACCUAUUAUGAAUGUAGAAACUGUACAUUAUUUAUAUAACAGUAAUUAUCAUACUGGUGUCGAUGUUGAUAGAUCUUAUAAUAAAAUACCUCAAACAUCAGCCAAAUACUGGCUUACAACAAUCAGGUUAUAUUUUCCUACAGUUUAUCAGGAACCAUCACCCUUGUCACUCCCACCAGUUAAAGACUGGAAAUUAAAAGAUGGAUCUUCAUCCUGUUCUAUAUUAUGAGGGUUAUUUUUCUGGAUUUGUAGAAAGUGUAUAAAACCUUUACUAUUAAAAGAUAAUACAAUGGUGCAAUAAAGAGUCUGAAAUCAAACGUCUGCAUCCAAGAAUGAGAUGGGGUUUAACGUCCUACUUUUCUGAACCUACUGGGCUAAUGAAGACAAGUCAGGGUCCAACUGGUCACUUAUGAAUUGCAAUUUCAGCCAAUAUUAAAUAAAAUAUUAUAUUGACCUAGAGGUGUUUGUCUUUAAUUCCCCUUUGUCAGUGAUGCAGGACCUGACAAGGACAGCUAUCUAGUCGUUUGGAAGGGACCAAAAACCGAGGUCACAUGUACAUAUUGGCGUGCACGUAAAAGAUCCCUUGACAGUUGGAAUUCGAUAUAAGAGUAGGUCGUAGUGCCGCUGUCCGGGCAAAAUUUCCCUCAUAGCACACUGUAUGGCGUAUGCCCGUCUUCAUUAGCCAAGUUCGGAGCAGAACAGUAGGACGUUAAACCCCAUUUCAUUUCAUUUGCCAACAUUUGAUGGGAAUGUAUAUGUCACCACAACUUUGGAGCCACCACAAUUUCGAUCCCGGUGUUGGCCGAGAAAGUUUCCCCUUGUCAGUGAUGCAGGACAGAGGGCCUGACAAGGACAUCUGUCUAGUUGUUCGGAUGGGACGAAAAACGUGGCAUGCAUGUGAAAGAUCCCUUGGCAGUUGGAAUUCGAUAUAAGAGUAGACUGUAGUGCAGCUGUCCUGGCAAAAUUUCCCUCAUAGCACACUGUGUGGUUUAUGCCUGUCUUCAUUAGCCCAGUCGGACCAGAACAGUAGGUCGUUAAACCCCAUUUUAUUUCCCACGACAAUUUCCUCUGAACACUGUACAGAUCCGAUUUCUUGUAGGAUUAUUUUCAAACUAGCAGAUAGUAUAUAGAGUUUUUAAGAUAAUUGGCAGAUAAUCAAGUCUACAUGUAUAAUCUGCUAAAUUGACUCGAUUUCUGGAUUUUAGUAUUUGAUAAAUGAGCUACCACACCUUGCCCCACCCUAAACAUUUGUGUAGGAGUACUGGUGUGUUAUAUACAACUACAGGUGACAGACAAUACCAUUUAUUACAUUGUAUUAUAAACAAUCACUAAUGCAACAAUAUAAAACAAUUAUAUCAAUAAAUCACAGUAAAAAUCACAGUUAAUAUUUAAUAUUGUUUUUUUUACUGAACUUUAAAGGGUUAAGUUUAUAAAUAAGGUAUAAAAAUCACAGGUAGUAUUAAUUCAUGUAUAUUUACACUGCACUUUAAAGGGUUAAUUUUAUAAGCAGUGAGUAAAAAUCACAGGUAAUAUUAAUUCAUACAUUUUUGUUUACUGAACUCUACAUUUUCAUAAAUAAAACAUUCUGAACUUUCAAACCACAUUAUCCACCAUUCUUUUACGGUUCUGCAGACAUGUGACCUUACCAUAUAUCUACCUUGCACAUGGUACAAAUUAUCAAUAUUUAUUGCUAAUUUUAAGUAGAAAUAUUGCAAUUGUCUAGUAAUAAAUCAAAAUGUGAA